AUGAGACUGUCGCUUGCGGCUGUCGGCGCAGUCCUCGCGCCGGCCGGCCUCGCACAGGUCGUCUCCUACAGCGACUCUUCCGGCCUGACAUUCUUCACCGGUACCCGUACCAACGCGCCCAGCUCCUCUGGCUCGCCGACCCUCGUCUACUCGACCUACGGCACCCAAAUCACCCUGACGGGCAGCAACGACACCACCACUGCCACCUCGACCAGCACGACGACGACGGCCACCACCACCACCAACGGCACAACGUCCGCCACGCCCACCAACACGCAACCAUGCAACAACUACGUCGAGUUCUGCACGCGCAAGUACAGCAACAUCAGCUUUGUCGCCGCCCACAACUCGCCCUUUGUCCGUCCCGGCAACUCGGGCUCCAACCAAGCCUUGCCCGUCAAGGUCCAGCUCAGCGACGGCAUCCGCCUCGUGCAGGGGCAGAUGCAGUGGCCGACCAAUGGCACUGAGCCGCAUUUCUGCCAUACCUCCUGCGAUCUCCUCGACGCCGGGCCCAUCUACGACUGGCUCACAGAUGUGCGCGAAUGGGUCGACGACCAUCCUUACGACGUCGUCACCAUCCUGCUCGGCAACGGCAACUACUCGGACGCCUCGCUCUACAAGCCUUAUAUUGAGAAGAGCGGUAUCCAAAAGUACGCCUACACCCCGCCCCUGCUGCCCAUGAAGCUCAACGACUGGCCCACGCUCGAGGAACUCAUCCUCCUCGGCAAGCGCGUCAUCAUGUUCCUCGACUACAACGCCAACCACACCGCCGUUCCCUGGCUGCUCGACGAGUUCUCCCAGGUCUGGGAGACGCCCUUUGACCCGACGGACCCGAGCUUUCCCUGCACCGUCCAGCGCCCGCCCGACCUGAAGCCCGAAGAUGCCAAGGACCGCAUGUAUCUCAUGAACCACAACCUCAAUGCCGAGUUCAACGUCUUUGACAUUCAGCUCCUGGUACCUGCCGUCUCGGUCCUCAACCAGACCAACGCCGCCGAGGGCAACGGCAGCCUGGGCAUGGCUGCCAACAACUGCCGCUCCGACUGGGGCCGCGCGCCCAACUUUUUAAACGUCGACUACUACAACUACGGCUCCGACACGGUCAAUGGCUCUGUGUUCCUCGCGGCGGCGCGUCUCAACAACGUCACCUACAACCGCACUUGCUGCGGCAAGGUCUCUGCCGGGCCGGCCCUAACCAGCCCUGUCUACUGGGUCGGUGUUGCGGUGUUGGCGAUGACUGUAUUUUUGAACUUUUAG